AUGAUUACCCAACAAAUUUGUGAAUGGUUUCUUUUUUUGUCCGUAGCACCAUGUAGAAAGCUCGGCGCACCAGCUCGUUCGAGAAUCACACAAGGAGGUUUUAGACAUAACGAAAAUAUCAAAUUUGAAUGUGAUCCAGACUAUUACCUGCACGGAAGGAACAUCUUGACCUGUUCAGAUGGGACAUGGAAUGAUGCUCCUCCGACCUGUUUAGGUAAGUAUAAAGCACAACCAGAAAUUGAUUCAUGAUUUUUAUCUAUGGAGUCAUAACCAGAGUGGCCACUUUAUACCCUACCCCCUUCCUGCACUUCCUAGGCAACAUUUUUGCCAUUCAUACCGCGUUUGAGGAAAUCUAGAAUUACAGAAACUAUAUGUGUUAAGGGUUGUUUACACUAUCAUUAAGUUUCUGUGAUCACAGUAGGAAUUUUGUAGCAGGAUUCGUAUAAGAAAUGUUUGAAGGAACUGAUUCAAUGUUAGUAUACGCUGAAUCAAUUCCUUAAAAAUUAAACAUUUCUUACAAAACUUUUGAAAAUUUAGAAAUACGUAGACAAAUAUUUUAAUAAAUCCUUCAAAACACGGACACCAUUCUUUAUGCUUUCAUUAUUUUGUAAUGUAAAUUUACGUCUUGCUACGUUUUAACUGUUUUGGUUUGUAGUAAUUGUAUUCUGUCAAAAUUCUUAAAAAUAGAGCCCCCCCCCCAAAAAAAAUGUACAUAGUACAGACCAUACCAAAGGUCCUUUGAGAGGAAAAGCUUGGUUAAAAAACUCAGAAUCCAAUACCCUGGAAGUGAAAUUGGUUUCGGCGAACAAGCAAACUAUGCAGAAACAAAUAAAAGUACUUUGGGCUCCCUUAUUUAUCCCUCCCACUUCCACUUCCCGCUCUACUAGAAAAUCCAGUUGUGCCUAUUGUAACCCUAAACGUAAUUUCUAAUAUCUUAUUUCCCCAUAUGUUUUUAUGUCAAACAAAAUUCAGUUCUAGAUUGAGAAAUUUUUUAAGGAACGAUAUAAAAAAUCUAUUCCUUUACGUCAUCUGACUAUCUGAUUUCCCUGAACUAAACGUCUUUCAAUACAAUACAUCCAAUUAAUUUUGUGUACUUCUUAAACGCUUCAUCAACACUAUGAGUGUUUUAGCGCUAUUCUGGAGGAGAGCAGUGCUUUUUCUUGAUGUCAUUGGUAAUUUAAUUUUAAUAUGAUAUAACUCAAUGUACUCAAUGUAUGUCCAUUAAUUCUCUUUCCCAAUUAAAAUAUUGGCAGACUUGAAUUAUUGAGAUCAUUACCUCAACAAAUGUUAAAAAAUUGUGCCUUGGCGGAACUACAGCUUCGUGUGGGAAAACAUUUGCUCGUCUGUAACAGAAGCAAACCCGGAAGACAUUUGUUUUGGGUCGGAUAUAUGAAUCGUGCAAGUAUAUGAGCAACCUAUCAAAUUGCCCGAAAAGCACUUUCCACCUCCCGAAAUAUAUGUUAAUACUGAUUAUAGUGAAAUACAUGGUGAAAUGCAUUAAUGGAAUCAAAAUGACUUCGAAAACUACAAAAUAGAGUGCCAGAAUUAUUGUGGAUAUGAACAAUGACGUAAAUUAUUAAUUUUAUUGCUUUACGUGCACUAGGCUGGGAACCUCUCAAAACAGAAAGAAAGAAAGCUAAAACAAAAAUGAUGUAUAAAGUGUUAAAUAAAAUGGGCCCCAAAUCACUUACUAAUCUUUUUUCAUACAAAAGUGAGAAUACAAAUUACAACCUUCGGGAAAUUUCAAGUGAUCUUAGUUUACCAAAUCCGUGUACUAACAAUAUGAAAAAUAGUUUCAUGUAUGACGGAGCAUACCUUUGGAAUUCUAUUCCAAAGGAAGUAUGGAAAGCAAAACUCUUUCUUCCUUUAGAAAUAAAAUCGCUGCUCACAUCAUUGACAUAAAGUAAUAAAUAAAUUGAUGUGCCGGAACCUUGGGUGCCAGAGGUUCUUCCACGCUCGUAGGGGGAUAAUGAGGGAUACACGAGGAUUCAUGCUGGGCUGGAGGGGAGAGGGAAGAACCUCUGGAACACUUCUAUGGUUUCUCAGAUUCUCGAACCGCACCAAUCACGAUGCUUAAUAGUGUGAAGUGAUCCAGAAUCUGGAUCACAGUGUUAAUUGGUUAACGGCAGGGACUUGUUAAAACAAUGACUUUCAUUGGCUGUUUGAACCGUAUGUUCUUCAAGAUAUUAUCGUUCAGAAUCCGUACAGGCAUACGCUGUUGUUUAAUAUAAUAACAUUAUAUUUAUAACAUAGUCAGACGUAAAUAUAUAUGCCUUUAGUCCUGCGAGAGGAUUUCAACGGUCGCAGUUGAUUCGGUUUUGAAUUUUUUUACUGGACGGUGUUACAAAACUAAAUAAACAUCAAGAUGAUGCCUUUAUAUUUCUGUGUUUGAGUUGAUGCAUCGCCGUGAUAUGCUUGCUAUAUUGCCAAGAGGGAAUUAGCCGGCAAGUCGAGUUUAUACUCGUCAACGACAAGUUCCCGGCUAUAUUAUAGAAACUUAAUUAUAGUAAAAACCCGGGAGACUGUUUACAUGACGAUGCAGCCGAGUAUAAACUCGCCAGUGACGAGUUCCCGGCAGGAAGAGGCGAGAUAUUGCCUUAGGCGAGAUAUAUAUCUUACUUACCGGCUGCGAGGUCCGGAUGAAAAAAACUGUGCCCAAGGUCUAGAAAACGGCCCAAGCCCGAAGGGCGAGGAACGUUUUCAAGACCGAGGGCACAGUUUUUCUCAUCCGGACCGACGCUGCCGGUAAAUAACGUGUUUAUUUUUUAUCAGAUUUAAAAAUGAAAUUCAUUAAAAUUCCAGUGUUGCUUGCGAACUAAUUUGAGAUCAGUGCAGUUGUGUAUUUUUAAAGCGAGGCUGACAAAAAUUAAAACGUUGAAAGAUAUAAAACACGACCGAAUACGAAAACUCGAGAAAACUGGCAAGAAACAAACAAAAAUACGUAUAGUUUCAGUAAAUUUACAUGCUUUUUUCAUGAAUAUGGUAGCAGAAAAGCCCUUGGAAUAAAAAGCUAUAGAAGUGUUCCAGAGGUUCUUCCCCCUCGCCUCCCGCCCAGCUUGAAUCCUCGUGUAUCCCUCAUUAUCCCCUACGAGCGUGGAAGAACCUCUGGCACGCAGGGUAAUGUGCCUGUAAAUAUUCUAACUAGAAAAUACAUGCAUGCAGAAACCCUCGCCUUGCUGAUAAAACCAUUGUAUUUUCGGAACAUGAAGUAUCUAAAGUAGUUGUCAUGGUAACACGAUAAUUUUUUAAGAACAUUCUUACAAAAUGAAAAUCGCCUAAAAAUAUCACUUUUAAUUACAAAAUUAUAAAUUUCCCAACAUAUAUAUGUUAGGUAUGUAAUUAUACCUAAUACAAGCUUCAAUUUAAGGUAAAAUUCAACCACAAACAAUUCACAAAACGUUCUAAAGUGUUCUUUAUAAAACUAAACUACUUUUAGCUAUUAUUAUGACUUUAUCGAGAAACUUUGAGUUUGCAAUAAAAUUAUUUAAAAUUCUCGCUUGCAAAUAACUUUGCUUAUUUUUUAAUUAAAAAAAUUCAAUAUAAUAAAAAAGGAAUCAAUAUUAAAGAGACACUGAAAUUAUAUGCUGUCUUGUUUAGUUGUUUCAUAUACGCAAAAGCCGUCGGGUUUUAAAGCCAUUAUAAAAUCAAUAUUUAAAACAAACUUACCUUCGUUAACGUCGGCUCCCUUCUUUUAGCCGAUUCUUUCGCCUUUUCUUUCUUGAAAUUUAUAAAAUCUUGCAGAAAUACGAGCAAAAAUGAAAUAUAUUUGCAAGAAAUUUAUCAAUCAUCAAAUCAAGAAAUGUUUGCUAUUUUGCUGUCGUCUUGCAGUCGUUAUAAUGCAAACUUUAAAUCGGACCAAUCAGUGUCGGUUAUUCAUGACGGUCCGCCAUAUUUUUGAGAUCACUGAGGAUGACCACCCAUCGUUGGUGACCGACGCCCGCGCUCGUUGAUGAACUUUAGACUUCGCUAAUGCUUUCGUUUCCCCGGGUGUAAAUAGCCGGGGGGAAUUAGUACCCUCGCACGGCGCUUCGCGCCGUCGGCUCGGGGAUAACGUUCGUAUCAUGUAAAUAAUUCAAUAUUUUGCCAAAUUUUCUGUAAAUAGCUCUUAAUAUCUUCUCAUGUAAUUUUUUUCUAUUUUUACACACGCCCCCCUCGUGGAAAUCAGCUUCGGUUGACGGGGUUAGCGUGUAUAAAUAAAGUGUCUAUCAAUCUAUCUUAUCUAUCUAUCUAUUUAACCAACAUUAUAUCUUCAGCUCCCUGCAGACGGUUUAAUUGGCGUACAACCAUUCCGUGGUGGUUAUAUAAGGCGAGAUGGUUACAGACAUAAUGAGGAAGUGACAUUUGGAUGUAGAGAUCCGUUGGUUAUUGAUGGUCAGGUUACCUUACGUUGCAAUGAUGGGACAUGGAAUAACAGACUACCUACAUGUGGAGGUUUGUGUAUAUUUCCUAAAGGUUAGGGUAGAGUGUUGAUCGUCUAAAACAACGUGAUAACCCGAAACACUAUCUUCGUUCUUUCCUUACUUUUCAACCUGUAAGAUGCAAUUCACAAUCUCAUUUCGAAUAUCUUACAAUUAUUGGACGUGAUUGAGCAAAUAUUUAUUUACUUUAUAGUUUAUUUUAUUUUACAAGUUUGUCAUUGCAAUAGAUCAAAAGAGUACUAUAUAGUUACAAAGACUGCAAUUUCCACACAGAGAUAGUUCUCCAAUAACGGGGUUCCAAAAAAGAGCAACUUAUGGUAUAUCUAAUUAUUUUAAAAUUAAAGCAAACAUAACAAUUAAACACAAAUACAAGAAGACAAAGCAAACGUAUUGACGAACAAACAAACAAAAAAUAAAUUUAGCAACAUGUUCAAGUUGAUAACGAGUUGUGUGACAUUUAAUACAAACAGACUUAAAUGUUCUUGAAUCGUCAGGAUCAUAAAUUUGUUGGGUUAAUUCUAUGUAAUAUUUCAUUGGAUUAAAUUUAAAUGUAGUUAGAGAUGUGGUGGUAUUUCUUAUGAAACCGGGAAGCGUGUUCCACACAUUAGCAGCUCCGAUGUAAAAGCUGUUUUGAAAAGAAACAGUUUUACUUUUGGUUACAUGAAGUAGGAUGCCGUUGGUUGAACUAGUAUUCCUUGUUUCUCGUGAUGAUGAUUUGUCAGUAUAGCGUGCAUGCACACCAAUACAUUUUGUGAUUCAGCAAAGCGCUUGUUCAAUAAUUGAUUGACCGUACUAUUUCAUAUUUCGCAUGCAAUUAUUCACCAUAAUUUUUGUCAUUCUUAUUGCAUUGCACGAGUUUUCAAAUAUUAACAAGCCAGUGCAACACAAAUCUUCCCAUUGUCAACCGAAACUGAAUAAAUGGAAUGGGAAUAAAUGAAAUGCAUUUAAACAUGACGUAUUUAAAUUUUGUUACUUUUUUGUAUUUUGGACAUGUUUGUCAAAGCAAACACGAAAAUUGUUUCCAGACAAAGCGCUGAUAUACGAUGAAAUUUCACACCAUUUUUCUAAUUGCAUUGUAAAAUUAUCAAAAAUCAAUUUAAAAUAACUAAUAAUAUACUUUGCGAAACUGCUUUGUCAAAAUUUAUAAUCGCUUUCUGAACGAACAUUAGCUCUGAAGAACGGAGCAAGUUUGGCAAAAUUUCGUUAUAAAAGUAUUUUUAACAAAAGCGAAUAGUGAAAUUGAUAUCUUGUAGGUGAUAAGUACUAGUUAAAACAUGUGCAGCCGAUCUUUAUCUGAUAUACAAAUUAGGCAAUGUUUAAAAAUAAACAUUGCCUAAGCCGGGAAAAUCAGAACAUUUAUGUAAACGAUUUAUGCAAAUCAGAACAAAUCUUUAUCCGAUUUACAAACAUUGAUUAAGUAUUCAUUUCUUUGGAAUUUUCUUCAUGAAUUAUUAAUGAGCAUUUUAAUUGUGUGCAUAUUCAAUAAACUGUUUACACCAUAGAUAUCUUAUAUACAUUAGAUAGCGCAUCUCUUUUGUAAAAUUGAAGCCAAGAAUAUUCCAGCGGUUACCCCAUUUGAAUAGAUGGCGGCCAUUUUGGAGUUUCCCACUCGGUAAUAAACGAUUAAAGUAAAAAACAACAACAACUUUCAUCAUUUGAAUAAUUUGAAAAUGUAUUUAGAAUAGGUUUAACUUAAUGUUAAUGUUCCCUGUUUAAGAAAUAGAAAACUUACGAGUCUUCUCAUUUCAUGGAAAACAUAGAAAACAUACGAGUCUGCAAUCACGGCUUCAAUUUUUGAAUUGCAGAAUAAUUAGAUGCACUAUCUAGUGUAUACAAGAUAUCUAUGGUUCACACCGGUUAUUUGCUGUUAACAUAAUAUAAUUGAAUAUUACCGCCAGUUAUUGGCAAGACGGUAGUCAAUCAAAAUUGAGAGAAUAUUUAUAUAAGUUAUAACAAAAUUUACUCGUAAUUUUGGAAUGUGAUCUGCUAAUUUGAAAUCCAUUUGUAAAUUGUUCUGACAUUGGUGUGACAAAUUCCAAUUCCAAUAUUGCAUUCCUACAGGCCCUUGCAGGAACCUCACUGCGCCGAGAAAUGGUGUAAUCAUAAAGAAUGGAUACAAACAUAAAGACACCCUUACCUUCGGAUGCGAUCAAGGAUUUCAAAUGGUUGGUACACAAAAUAGAGUAUGCAAUUUUGCAGUAUGGAGUGAUUCCAGAAUACCUCGUUGUGAAGGUAAAACAUUUAAUUUCGUCCAUGAUUUUUUCUAUAUCAAUAUUUUGUGUCGUUGUCGUCGUUGUUAUUGUCGUUGUCUUCGCCGCCGUCGUCGUCGCCGCCGUCGUCGUCGUCGUCGCUGUUGUCGUCGUCGUCGUUGUUACGCUUCGUCACAAAAAAUCUUAAAAUAAUAUGUCAUAAUUUCUGCAUAGCAAAGUGUUCGAAUUAUACAUGUAUAUAUGUCUUAUAUAUCUUAUAUAAUAUAAGAUAGGUCGUCGUCGUCGUCUCCGCCGCCGCCACCGCCGUCGGCGUUGUUGUUGUCGUUGUUGUUGUUCUCGUUGUUGUUGUCGUUGUUGUUGUCGUUGUUGUUGUUGUUGUUGUUGUCGUUGUUGUUGUCGUUGUUGUUGUCGUUGUUGUUGUUGUUGUUGUUGUUGUCGUUGUUGUUGUUGUUGUUGUUGUCGUUGUUGUUGUUGUUGUUGUUGUUGUCGUCGUCGUUGUUGUUGUCGUUGUUGUUGUCGUUGUUGUUGUUGUUGUUGUUGUCGUUGUUGUUGUCGUUGUUGUUGUCGUUGUUGUUGUUGUUGUUGUUGUUGUCGUUGUUGUUGUUGUUGUUGUUGUC